CUGUUCUAUUUGAUGAUUCAUAAUAUUUUGAAGCCAUAUAUUAAACAGGUUUGCGUCGUAUAAUCAACAUUCACUGUGAAACUUUAUUCGGAGUGCGACGCAUUAUCGUGUCAGUGUUUAUUUUGCUAUAAUUCUGAGAUUUUUAAAUCAAGUUUUUUUCUGCAAUGGAGGACCAAGUUCCAUUCAAAGUCUAUACCUUCUGGGGGAAGCAUGAGCAGCCCGAAGUCAGAAGAUUCGGUGUUGAGAAGAGUGUUGUCACCAGCUUCCAUUACCUGAACGCCAAGCUUCAGGAUGUGUACCCAGGUCUUAAGACAAAGACCUACUCUGUGGCAUGGAAAGAUGAGGAUGGUGAUGAUGUUGUGGUCUCAUCCGAUGAUGAGGUGAUGACCGCACUGCAGGCGUUGAGUGGAGAUGUCAUCAAGUUAUACGUUUACUGCAAGGCUGAGGAAGCCAAAGACGAUGACUGUGACAUCAUUUUGACAGCUGUAACUGGCAAUCCCAGUGGUGCGCCCGAUACCCCAGCUGUUCACUAUGGAGUGAUGUGCGACUCUUGCGACGGUUCCGUCAUUGGGUUCCGCUACAAGUGUUCCGUGUGCGAUGACUACGACCUGUGCUCACAAUGCGAGGCGGCCGGCAAGCACCCUGAGCACUGCAUGGUGCGAGUGCCCACGCCGAACAUGUCUCGCACAGUCAUUAAAGCUGCGAUUAAAAGGUCCCGUCAUUUCCUGAAGUCGGUUGCAAACGCCAUGGCCGCCGAGGAUUGCCCCUACAAGAAGCACCGCGCCGAGCGUGGAGCGGAGAGGAAGCAUCACCGCGGCGGACACGGCCCUCACGCCGAGCAUGGUGAGCAUAGCCGCCGCAGACAACAACGUGUCAGCUGGCUCGACACCUUCACCACUUACAUGAACGAGUUCGCCAACCUUGCUGGAGACAUCGACAUCGGAGAGGACAGACCCAGGCCAGAGGAAACUAAAACACCCAACCAAACUGAAACUCAAGGACAGGUCCCCCAAGCGACCCAGGCUAAGCCGCAGACCACUACCCAAUCCACUCAAGCUCCGAAACAACCUGAGCCGACUACAUCUGCUAGUGCGCAGACUCAAUGCCCAUUCGGCUCCUCAAGACCUUACGGUCCGACGACCAUCAACGUCAAGGAUCUUAUACAAUCAUUCUUGCGUAAUUUGCCGGAACAGGGCAUUUAUGUGCCCCCGCCAGCUCAGCCUCAGAGCGCACCUACUAACGCUACUCCGGCCCCUUCCGCGGCCCCAGCUAAUGACGUAGAAAUGGGUCAAGGAGACAGAAAGGCGCCUGAGCCUGAUGACGUCACCGUUAGGACCGAAACAUCUGCUGCUUCAAGUGUUAAUGAUUACCCUAGAGAUGCUUCGCCUGACAAAGCUGAUGACUGGACUGUGAUUAAUAAGGAAAAAGACUUGAUGGACACAGCCAGUGCCCCUGCUGAAGCUGCUGCUCCCAUCGGCUUCAACCUGCCGGAAGAGUUCCAAGAGCGCGUGAAGAUCGCUGAAGGUGGCCUGUACCCACCCCUGAACACUUCCACUGCUGUGUUGAAUCCUAAAGAGCCUGCGGUACAAAAGCCCUCUGCGCCCCCGGCUGCCGCUGCUGCUGCCCCGACUCCAGCGCCUGGUCCCAAGCCUCAGGCACAGCCGGCACCAGCCACAUCGGCCGCACCAACCACCCCACCCAGGCAACGCCACCCAAAAGCUCACAUUGACGCAGCAAUUCAACAAAUGCUGGCUAUGGGUUUCACCAACGAAGGUGGAUGGUUGACUCAACUCCUGGAGAGUAAGGAUGGCAACAUUGCUGCAGUACUGGAUCUUCUCACCCCUGUCAACACCCGGAAGUAGACGUCACGCUUUCUAGCCGUUCAGGCCUACAUUAUUAUUAUUCACGAUUUUAUAAUUAGGAUAAUAGUUUUACUCCACAAUUUAUUGGAAAUAUAUCUUACAAAUAUUAUGUGAUUAUUCAGAUGUGAUAGGGAAUAAGAUGAAGAUGGAAUACUUACAAUAGAUUAGCAUAGACAUGUAAGCCCUAUAAAUGUUAUUGUAUGGGUGAAGGGAUAUAGAGAAUAAAUACAAUAUUAUCCAUCUAGAUGUAGUUGUUCUAUUUUCUCUUCUCUCUAUCCAUUUAGGGAUAUUUAUAGAUCUUGCCUUUAGUAGUUUUAGCUUAUAAAUACUUAAAUUAUACUAUAAGUUCUGGGCAUUCUAUACAUAAUUAUAUAUUGAUAUACUGCAUUAUACUUAAAAUAUGCAUUGAAAUAUAUGGAAUCACAUUCCUAAAAAGAUUUUAAUAAAUACUAUUCUGUAUGACAUUGUUUUGUGACAAUUAUUUACUUUUGUUUAUGUUGUGAAUGAAUUCUGUGAAAAUAUUUAUUAUUUAUGAUUAUGAAGUAUCUACUAUGGAUAAUAAUUAAAUCGAAUGUGAUAUUUGGUUAUGACUGAAUUUAUAGUAGUAUUAUAUGUAGUGAGUUUAUUAGGUAUAUGUUAGAACCUAGUUCUAUCUAUAAUACGAUAAUGUGUGUAUCUUAUUAAUAUAAUAAAUUAAAUGGUAUUCAAUAAAGGAUUUAAAAGGGAA